CAUAGCCUAGUGGUGAAACCACUGGACCAAUUGAGCUCUGGAUGUGAGAGGUCCUGAGUUCGAUUCCCAGUGGCGCCACUUGAGCGUUCCCGGCGGCACCCUUGGUAUCGGAGGCGAAGCCUCCCCGAUGUUGGUAGCAGAAAGCCCCGGUUAGUAUGCAGGUACCCCCAGUGGUUUAGUAGGCCCCGCUGUCGCUCAAGCUUCGCCUCCCCGAUGUUGGUAGCAGAAAGCCCCGGUUAGUAUGCAGGUACCCCCAGUGGUUUAGUAGCCCCGCUGUCGCUCAAGCGGCACGUGGGGCUGAGGUUUAGUAGCCCCGCUGUCGCUCAAGCGGCACGUGGGGCUGAGGUUCCCUGGGUUAUAAAAAAAAAAAAAAAAAAAAAAACUUCAAACAAUCCGACCAUAUAGAGAUGAACAAGUCAAGUCUCAAAGUCUCUGUUCCGCUUUUUUCCACACGCACUUGGUCAGUUAAUGCGCCUCAAUGAACCACCGUCUUCCUCCUCAGUUCCCAUUUCAAACUAUCCAGAGCAACCCCACAGCUCCAAUCUGACCCAGUCACCUCCACCUUCCGUCCUCUAUAAAACGAAUCCUCCUCAAUCCCAAACUAUCCAAUCAAAUUCAAACCCACUCAUCCAACAAUGGCUCCAUCCACCAUCACCCCCAAACUCCUCCUCUCUGUUUUCCUCGUCGGAGCUCUGGCCGCCGCCGCCGCCGCCCAGAACUGCGGCUGCGCUUCCAACGAGUGCUGCAGCAGGUGGGGCUUCUGCGGAACCAGCCCGGAUCACUGCGGGGCAGGCUGCCAGAGCGGGGCCUGCAGCAGAAACGAAGUCCAGGUGGCCGACAUCGUCACCCCUGCAUUCUUCAACGGCAUCAUGGACCAGUCCGACGCCGGUUGCGCCGGGAAGAGCUUCUACUCCCGCGACGUCUUCGUCCGGGCCCUCCGGUCGUACCAAGGCUUCGCCCGGCUCGGGUCCGAGGACGACUCCCGGCGGGAAGUCGCCGCCUUCUUCGCCCACGCCACACACGAAACUGGACACUUCUGUCACAUAGAGGAGAUUGAUGGAGCAUCCAGGGAUUACUGCGAGGAGGAUAACACACAGUUUCCUUGCAAUCCAAGCAAGGGUUACUACGGCCGGGGUCCGCUCCAGCUGUCCUGGAACUUCAACUACGGCCCUGCCGGAGCUCAGAUCGGAUUCGACGGGCUCAACGCCCCCGAAACGGUGGCGACUGAUCCCGAAAUCUCAUUCAAGACGGCGCUGUGGUUCUGGACCAACAACGUGCAGCAGGUGAUGGGUCAGGGAUUCGGGGCGACCACCAGGGCCAUUAAUGGCGCUCUGGAGUGCGACGGAAGGAACUCCGCAACCGUGCAACGCCGUGCCGAGUUUUACACCGAGUACUGCCGCCAGCUCGGUGUUGCUCCUGGGGAUAAUCUCACAUGUUGA